UCCUCUCUUCUCUCUCUCUCUGUUUUUCAAAAAAAAAAAAAAAGGAAGAACAAGAAAUAAUAAAUAGAAGGGAUUAUACAAACCCCAUAAAGAAAUCUUUAAUCUUUCUUGGUGUAUUUUUUUAUAUAAUUUUUAUUUUUCAUCAUCUUGUCGUGUAUGUGGGCAUAUGGCAGGUCUUGAUCUAGGCACUGCUUUUCGCUACGUCAAUCACCAAGAGCUCCAUCGCCCCGAUCUCCACCACCAAUCCUCCCCCGACGAUGCCGCCGCCUUAUCCGGUGACAAUCGCGACAUCUCAGGCGGCGGAACACCCUCCCACAACCGCCAGGGUUCUAACAUCGAUCUUGUCUGCUCUAAUAUCGAUCUUGUCUCCGCCGCCGGAGGGGCGAUGGUCCGCCGCCCACGAGGUAGACCGUCGGGGUCGAAGAACAAGCCGAAACCGCCGGUGAUAAUAACGCAGGAGGGCGCUAACACACUUAGGGCACACAUUCUUGAAGUGAACAAUGGCGGCGACAUCUUCGACUGUGUCGCCACAUACGCCCGGCGGCGGCAACGCGGCGUUUGCAUCCUCAGCGGCGGCGGAUCGGUCACCAACGUCACAAUCCGUCAGCCCUCCUCCGCCGGCUCCGUUGUCACUCUCCAAGGGACCUUCGAGAUCCUCUCCCUCUCCGGUUCAUUCCUUCCGCCGCCGGCGCCUCCGGGAGCAACCAGUCUGACGAUACUCCUCGCGGGAGGUCAAGGCCAGGUCGUUGGCGGCAGCGUUGUCGGCGAGCUCAUAGCGGUGGGCCCGGUGAUCGUCAUGGCCGCUUCAUUCACCAAUGUAGCCUACGAGAGCCUUCCACUGGAAGGGGACGAAUCUCUCAGCAGCGGCGGCGACGGAGGAGUGGCUACCAACGGCGGUGAUAAUGUGUUCUCCGACGGCGGACUUCCGUUCUUUAAUUUUCCGAUGAAUACGGUGCCGAACGUGCAGCUUCCGGUGGAGGGUUGGCCUGGGAACUCGGGCGGAAGACCUCCCUUCUGAUUUAUCCGUGUGUGUGUAUAUGUGUUCGCAUACAUACACAUCUAUACGAUAUAUACAUACCACGGUGGAGGAGGAGCUUCUCUGUAAUUUGGAGAUAUCAUCUUGUUCUUGUUCUUUGUUUUUAGUUCGUGUUAGUCUUUAGGGUUUCUUUUUUCAUCGAGAACUUAAUUCUCGUAUCCAUCAAUUCCACUUAUUAUUUCAAAUCGACCCAGAUAGAUAAAUUUUGUACCCAUGCCAA